AGCGCCUAUCGCGCAGCAGAGGAGCUACAAGAUGGCGCAGGCAAUAUUUGAAGUGCUUGAAGGCAUGGAUAACCAGACAGUGUUGGCGGUCCAGUCUCUGCUGGAUGGCCAGGGUGAAGUUCCUGACCCAAUCAACCAGAACAUCUCUGGGACGUCCACGAUCCAGACCAUGGACGACGAGGACGUGUUCCUGUGUGGGAAGUGCAAGAAACAGUUUAACUCCCUGCCGGCCUUCAUGAUACACAAGAGGGAGCAGUGUCAGUCCAGCGUCCCCUCGCUGUCCACAGUGUCCCUGGCCUCCACCAACGCCUACACACCAGUCCCCUCCAUCAGCUCGGGGCCACAGACUCCUGCCAACAGACAGGCGUCCACCUACAUCACAGUGCCUCCCUCCCCCCUCACACACACCCUGGUGCAGGGCAAUGUUCUGGUCAGUGACGACGUUCUCAUGUCGGCGAUCUCCGCCUUCACCUCCAUCGACCAGCCUAUGGCCUCCAUGCAGGCGCCAAUACAGAGUAACCUGAGCAUGCACACAGCUGGUGUAUCGUACCUGCAGCACCAUCAUCACCAUCAUCAUCAUCAUCACGCCCAGCAGCAACAACAGCAACAACAGCAGCAGCAGCAACAACAACAACAACAACAACAACAGCAGCAACAACAGCAGCAGCAGCAGUCCUCACACCCCCACACACAGACCCCGGCCCACCCCCUGCCGUCCGGACAGCCCCCCCAGCAGCCGCUCUCCUCACAGGUCCCGGCGAGCCACAGCAACUCGGUGGUGCAGGUGUACAGCACGCUGCCCCAUAUGGUGGGGGGUGGGGGGGCAGAGAUCCACACCUUGGGUCUGCAGCCUUUCCAUCCUGUACAAGUGCCCAGUCAGUGUGUGGAGAGCCAGUCCUUCAACACCCCCCCGGUCUACAGCCCCGGGAAGCAGUGCACCAAAACAAAGACCUGCAGCAUCAGCGCCACCCUCACAGAGCUGGACCACUUCGAAAAGGUCAUCAUCCCCAAAAGGACAAGGAGCAGCAAGAAGAUCCCUGAUGGAGCCACAGCAGAGCAGCUGAAGGGAAAACUUCCAAAGCUGAAGUGCAAUUUCUGUGACAAAAUCUUUUCGAAAAACUUUGACCUUCAGCAGCACAUCAGAAGUCACACAGGAGAGAAACCGUUUCAGUGCAUCGUCUGUGGUCGAGCUUUCGCCCAGAAGUCCAACGUGAAGAAACACAUGCAGACACACAAGGUGUGGCCUGGGGGUGUGGCCAGCACAGUGUCCAGAUUACCAAUCACACUGAAGGUGGUACCAGUGUCAGCCAAUGAGGAGGAAGUGGGCGGGGAGCAGCAGCAAGGUGAAGAAGAGGAGGAGGAGCCACAGCAGCAGCACUGUCCAACACAAACAGAAGAGGAGGAAGUUCAAACAGAACCAUCAGGGGAGAUGGAGGAGAGUGCUGCUGAGGAUCAGGCUGAUCCGGAGGUCAGCCGAGGGCACGCCGCGCAGAACGGCCACCUUCAGGUCCAGAUGCAGACCACCAACCAGGACCCACAGUGCCAAGCCCAGACCGUCCUGGUGAUAGACAGCUCCUACCAGUGCCAGUUCUGCGCCAAAAAGUUCCAGACCUACUUCCAGCUGAAGUCACACAUGACCCAGCACAAAGGGGAGCAGGUUUAUAAGUGUGUUAUGAAGUCCUGCUCCCAGACCUUCCAGAAGCUGGAUCAGUUCCUGGAGCACAUCAGGACGCACCAGGAGCAGCUGACCUACCGCUGCCACCUCUGCAGCAAGGUGUUCCCCUCCCUGUUCGAGCUGGGGGUCCACCAGUACUCCCACUGCUUCUGCCCCCAGCAGAGCACCCGCAAGGAGCCCACCAUCUACAGGUGUGGGAAGUGUCAGAGCAGAUACUCUACCCAGGAUGCACUGGAACAACAUCUACUCACGGCCACACACAACUUUCCCUGCCCUCACUGUCAAAAGGUUUUCCCGUGUGAAAGGUACUUCAGACGCCACCUCUCCACUCACGGCGUCGGGGGGAGGUUCAAGUGUCAGAUCUGCAAGAAAGCCUUCAAGACAGAGCACUACCUCAAACUGCACACACGCAUUCACUCAGGGGAGAAGCCGUACAAAUGCUCCCUCUGUGAGGCGACAUUCAACAGGAAGGACAAGGUGAAGCGGCACAUGCUCAUCCACGAACCCUUCAAGAAAUACAGGUGUCCCUUCAGAACACAUGUGGGCUGCACCAAAGAAUUCAACAGACCGGACAAACUCAAAGCCCACAUCCUGUCCCAUUCUGGCAUCAAACCCUACAAGUGUCUGUUCUGUCAGAAGGCGUUCAGCCGCAGGGCCCACAUGCUGGAGCACCAGCAGUCCCACACUGACAACUACCGCUUCAGAUGCUCCACCUGCAGCAAGGGCUUCACCCGGCACAGCUACUACAGAGACCACAAGUGUCCCGUGGCGGGUUACGGGACAGGAAGUGAGGGAGGGACGGGAGAGGGGGAGGAGGGCAUAGGGGUGGAGAUGUCGGAGGAGAACGAUGGAGAGGAUGACGGGGGAGGAAGCACAAACGGGGGAGACGAUGGGGAGAAGGAUGACAGCUCGGAGGAGGAGCAGGUGGAAACACAUGGGGAGGAGGAAGAGGAAGAGGAGGAGGGGGGGACUGACGAGGGGGGGACUGACGAGGGGUGUCAGGCUGCAAUGACUAUCUCCACCAUGGAAGGGCAGGAUGACAGAGAAGAGGAGGAUGAUGGGAUGGAACACGGGGCACUAGAGCAGAUUCAGAGCAAUGACCAAAACUGUCUGCGGCGGCCAUGUUUGUAGUUUUAAACAUUCUUUUUUUAACAUGGACCAAACCAAGCUAUUCAUGAUUUUAAACAAGUCUGAGAAUUUGUUUCAUUAUUUGUUUUAAAUUAAAACGUUAUUUAUACUAUACAAACUGCUUUUACUGAACUGUAAAGAAAGGACAGUAUGUAACCUGGUAGAUCUUUAUUUGCCAAAAUAACCAGAGGACCAUUGUUUUGUACCUGUGUAUAGAGGUUUGUGCAAGUUAAGCCACAGUUGUUCAUUUAAAAUGUCAUGAUUUUUUAUCCAUCAAAUAGUAACUUAUUUUAAUUUGUCUCAAAGUAUAUUUGUCUCAGUAUCAAUGUUCUUGCACUUUGAGUAAAAACACUCCCUGGUACUCGUACCGUUACACAUGAUCUGUUUGACGUUCAGUUUGUUUAACUUAUGGGUGUAUCCACUUUCCUUCAGUCUUUCUUGAUGUUCUACUUUAGUUGGGGAUAUUUUAGAUUUCUGAAAAAAGCUGAUGGGAGACCAAAUAAAAGGGCAGUAUUGAAAGGUUAAAUUAGUAAUGUAGACACUAUCAAGCUGUGCUGCUGCUGGAAUUCCCCACAUUUUGUGAGAAAAAUGAAAACAUGGUGAAAAACUGUUAUUAAUCUGACAAAGAAAAAAUAGACACAAAAUACAACACUUGAGGUCAU